UAACAGCUCAUUAACAGCUGCCUGGUUGCUAGACGACUCAAGCUGCAACACUGAUGUGAAAACAGUACCUCUGCUUCAAAACACAACAACAGUUCAACGGAUUCCAGGAGGCUUUGUUCAGCAUUGUUGUUAAACGCAUGAAGGGUUUAUGUUGUGGACAUUACGCUCUGCCGGGGACGGAAAUUGGAGGACGUCGUUUUUGUUUUCCCAUGUUUUACUUCUACGUUACUAGCAAUAGGGUUUACCUGAAGUUCGCCUUCUAACUAGGAGAACAUGUUGAGAUCAGACACGGCCAAAGUCAAUCGUUGUAACUUAAUGUUACAUUAGCUGACCAGCUAUGUUCAGUGCAAACACCAAGAUAUCUCAGGAGGCGAGUGAGUUACAAACAGAUGAAGACUGUGAGGUGCUGGUUGAUGACAGCUUCUCGUUCUCUGCUGAUAUAUUUGAAAAGAAAACAAGGAGGAAGAUAACCACUGGCAAGCCUCCGCCGUCUCCAAGGUCUCCAUACCUCUCGAGUCUGAAUGUGAACGCCAGAAAAGCGGCGGUGGCGGCCUGGAAGCUGCCGCGGGCUUCCCUUGGGGACGCCACAGGGGACACUGCAGGGGAGGGCGUCUCGGCUCGCCUCGUGUCCCUCAGCAACGGCCAUGAUGCAUCACAGAAACUGAGAUCAGAGUGUGAAGUCACACCUGAGCUUCUUAGCACCAAGAAACACAAACAUCUGAACUCUGGAUCCAGUGGCUUCUCCAUGCAUGCAUGUGACUACAGAGAUAAGGAGGACAUGUAUGAUGAGAUUAUUCACCUCAAAAAGAAUCUGCAUGCACAGAAGUUUGACAACCAGCAAAUGAAAGCCAAACUACGCCGCUUAGAGGAAGAUAACGCAAAAAGAGAGAAACAGAUAGAAGAGCUUUUGGAUCCUCCUAAAGGAUCUCAGUAUUCUCUUAGUUUUGUGGAUAAGAAAAAAGAUAGCGGUAUGGUUGUGAAUGGGCUAAAACAGAGAAUCCUGAGGCUGGAACAGCAGUGUCGAGAGAAAGAAAAUACCCUGAGUAAGCUGCAAAGUGAGCUGAGGACCACCAACCUGGAGGAGCUAAAGAUCUCAGUAGAAACAUACUCUGAAGAGAUCAAAAGGCUGAGGAUUCUUCUAGAAGCUGCAGAGAAAAGUAACCGAGUAGAGAGUAAAUGCUCACAGAGGCAGCAGAAAUCUUUAAGCUCCAUGGUUCACCGUCUGUCUGAGGACCUGAAGCAGCUGCAGCAGGAGAACAUGGCACUGAGAGAGGAGCUCAACACGGACAGUCCUGCAGGUGGCGUCAAAGGUUACAGAGAGUGGAGUAAACAGAGGCUGUUGAGACGGCUGUUGGAAGUGGAGAAGAGGCUGGAGGACAGCAGAAGACAUGCCCAUUCGCCGAAGAGCAUUAGCCAAUUGGAUCAGGAGGUGCAGGCCUCGCCCACGGAGAUUCUGGGGUUUACCAUGGCAACAGAGGCAGUGGUCUCCGUGGGAAUGAUAACUGAGGAAUGGGAGGAGGUUUCUGAUCUGAGAGGGGCCGUCAGCCAGUUAGAGAAGGAGAAGGCGGAGCUUCAAGAGAAGCUGUCAAGUAAUGAUGAUGAGUUAAAACAACUGAGGGCAGGAAGAGAAGAACUGAAGAAAGAGACCGAGCUAUGGAAAGCUGAGCAGACAAAAGAACGGGACAAAGAGAGCGAGCAGCACAAAGAGGAGCUGGAUCAGUUGUGGGCGAGGAUCCAAACUCUGGAGGACAGAAGUAAAGCUGCACAGGCUGAGCUCUUGGCUCUUUCUGCCACAUCACCAGAGGACAAAAAGGACAACGAGGACACUCCUGCUGCUUCAGGUCUGGUUUCUGAAGAAGAGAGGGACACUGGAGGUAAAGACGAGACGAAGAAGCGAGAAGAGGAAGCAUCAAGAACAGAUGAGGACAAGAGAGCGAGAGAGAAAGCAGCAUUGGUAAUCCAGACUAGCUGGAGGAAGCACAGGAGAAGGGACAUUGUGAUGUUGCAGUCAGCGUUAAGAGGCCACCUCUACAGAGAGUCACAGCUCAAGGACCUGCAAAACGACAGAAAGAAAAAGGCUGAAGAAGCAAUAAACAGCAUCGCAUCCUCCACAGAAGGAGGGCUGGAUGCAGUUGCCUUAACAAAGAUACAGUCUGCAUUCAGGGGACACCUAGCACGCUGUGAAUUUGCAAAAGAGAGCUCCGAGUUCUCUGUGCCUUCUCUGCCGAGCAGAGAUUUGCCCAUACUGGUACCAAGAAGAGCUCGAUCAGCACACAAACCAAGUAGAACAGGUGAGGAAAAACAGGGUGAGGCAGAAGACUCCUGGAUUGACUCCUCGAAGAAGACACCCACAACAGUCCAAACAGAACUUCAUAGCACAACUGAGUCUGGUGGAGCUGCUGCAGGUGAUUCUGACGACUCUGAUGACAUCAUCGUGUCUCCGUCUCGGCCUAUGAGGAGCAGAGAAGUCCUGCACUUAUAGACUUUCUAGGUUGUGUGUUUGUGUGUGUGUGAGAGUCAGUUUGUUCUGAUUCAUAAUAAAUUGGGUUCUUACUGAACCUGCAUACGACAGCUAGGAUGUUUCCAUUGUAGUCAGGAUAACAUUAAACACACACAAUAUUCGCUGUUUGUCUUUUUGCACUUGUCAGGCCAUUUUUUUCACGGAAGGUGGUUGCAGGGUCUUUAAACACAUUUCAGACAAGAGUUGAAGUAAAGAGGCACUUAAACGCCUCACUUUGAUUACACAAUUCCAAUCUCAUGACUUGCAGUGUGGAUAGUGUCUUAAAAAUCUGAUUUAAGAGACUACUCGGAUUUGCCUUCGAUAUUUCCUCACAUGCUCAUAAUUUUGAAAUUACCUUUAAUUUAAAGCCUUAAUUUUUGUGAAUUAUAAUUUGAGCCAAAUAACCCUUUUCAAUGAGUCGUGUGAAUCCCGUCAUUCUAUUGUUUACAAAAAGUGCCUUCUGCAUGGAUAUUUAGACAACCGUAAUAUUUCUCUUGAUCUGACUCUGCUAAAUGAACAGUCACUGCAAAUUGCUCUAAAUUUAAGUCUUUGGAAUAAUUAAUGAAUGAUAUUUUGAUAUGGUUGAUUUGUAAUACAUAGCAUACAUAUCACUAAUCCAUCAUAUAUGCUUAGUAAACUAUAUCUGAUUCUAAGGUAUGAUCAAGGGCUGAUUCUCAACUGAUGCACUUUUGAGCCAAACUGUGAAUAAAUUAUAGAUCAGUCUGCAGCAAUACAGAACACACAGUCAGUUCAGUGGAGGAUACACAGUAUGUCUAAUGACAAUGUUGUGUAAACAGGCACAUGGAAACAAAGUGAACGGCUGAGAGCAGGUUUCCCACAUGAUGUGUGUUACUUGAUACAUGAGGAUUCAAUAAUAAAAUGC